CAUUAAUAUGACAUUGAAAGUUUUCUUAUCAAAAAAAUUCUAUCUCGUCUGAAUACUUUUUUGGCGUUUAAGUUUAACUUCAGUCACAAAGUAACCGUCAUUGGAGCAUAAUGGCUACAUUUUCUGAAGAAAUCUCCGAGGAGCAAUGCAAGAAAGCUUCACGUGCUGGAAUUAAAAAAUUUCUUCGCUACGGAAAUUUCGCUCCACGACCUGAGUUUCCAUUGGCAGAAAAAUGGACUAAGGCUACGUACUUCCUUCCGGCAACUCACAGCAGAUAUAUGGAGAAAAUUGAGAAUUUUGAGGUACGUCCCGAUGAUAUUUGGGUAGUUACAUACCCCAAAAGUGGCACAACGUGGACACAGGAAAUGGUAUGGCAGAUCUGCAAUGAUUUGGAUUUUGAAAAAGGACAAGGAAUAGGAUUAGGUGAACGAUUUCCUAUGUUGGAAAUGGGCACAUUAAUCCCAGAGGCGUUUACUACUGAUACUGUAGCUGAUGUAGCGCAGCGACCAUCGCCUAGAUUAAUCAAGAGCCAUUUACCACCAUCUUUGCUUCCCAGAAGUAUUUGGAAAGUAAAGCCAAGGAUUAUUUAUACAGCGAGGAAUGCAAAAGAUAUCUUUGUCUCGUUCUACCAUCACUAUAGAAAUUUUUUCCAAUAUAAAGGAAGCUUUGAUGAAUUUUCGGAGAUUUUUAUGAACAACUUAAUUAAUUAUGCUCCUUUCUACACUCACGUUUUCGAUUACUGGAAUAUGAGGAAUGAAGAAAAUAUUUUGUUCCUUACAUUUGAAGAAAUGAAAAGAGAUAUGCCCGCAGUUAUUGAGAAAACUGCUGAAUUUCUUGGAAAAUCCUUAAAUAAAAAGCAGAUUCAAGAUCUCACUGAACAUCUGUCAUUUGAAAAAAUGUCCAAAAAUCAAUCUGUUGAUCUUAUCUUAGAAUUAAAAGAUGUACAAAAAAGUUUGAAUAUUGGAAAACACGAUGACAACUUUCGAUUCAUCAGAAAAGGUCAAAUUGGGAGCUACCGUGAUGACAUGUCCCCGGAAUUCAUUGAAAAAUUCGACAAUUGGCUCAAAGAAAAGUUGAAUGACCUCCAAGUGGAGCCUGAGCUAUGGAAAAUAUUUUUCCUUGAUGAUGUUCCAGGGGAAAAAUCAAUUAGGACGUAAAAAAGGCUUUAUAAUGAGUUUUAUGGUUUUAAUUUGAGUAUAUGUACCUACUCUUAUUAUUGAAAGAAAUACAGCUAAAAAGGCUUGACAUGACAAUAAAGUUUUCUUAUCGAA